AUGGCAAACGUGGUUGGAACGAAUGGCGAUACAUUCGACCAGACGUGCUGUCAAGACAUAAUGGGGUACGAGCCCACACUUCCAGAAUGUAGCCCAGUUUGUAACGUUGUGGAUGUAGUUCCCACGUGUUUCCAGGCAGUAGGGCUCAAGGGAUAUACAUGUGCAGCCGGGCGUGUCUACAAGAAUCUACUAUCAGCUUUACUCUGUCCCAGUACCGGUGACUUCGAUAGAGUUUGUUGUGAGGCCCAUACGUGUGAUCAGGCCCAUGGCCUUGAUGGCUUCCUCUGUGCGCAGGGCAGCGUGUACGCGCCGAGUCUUGCUAGUGUCAAGGUAUUUGCGGCUGCCGAGUUCAAUGCAAAGUGUUGUGAGACAAACGUGAACGUGCUGAACCUAUGUGGGAAUCUGGUGGGUACAAACAACAAUGUCUGUGGUAACGAUUGA